AUGCACUCGCAUCACUCUCAUAGCGGUCAGUACUGUACCCAUGCAGCUGGCCAACUCGAGGAAUGCAUAACAGAAGCUGAAAGACAAGGCUUCUCCCUCUUCUGCCUCACUGAGCAUAUCCCUCGCUACGAACUACAAGAUCUCUACCCAGGUGAAACACAGACUCUUGAUGAUCUCACAGAUAUGUUCACCCGGUAUCAUAAACAUGCUAGAGCGCUGCAAGCUCGGUACAAGCAGGAGAAACGACCUAUGCAGCUUCUGGUAGGUCUGGAAACAGAGUAUAUCCGGAAACCAGACUUGGCUCGGCUAGAUGCACUCAGAGAGUCAUUUCCUGUUGACUUCAUGGUAGGCAGUGUACACCAUGUUGAUGGUAUUCCCAUCGACUUUGACAAGGCUACGUUCUUGAAAGCCAUGGAACCAUUCGGUCAAGACAUAUCUGCAUUUUACAAGCGAUACUUUGAGCAUCAAUUGGAAGUCAUGCAGACCUUUCAGCCGGCGGUGAUUGGACAUUUUGAUGUAAUUUUACUGAUGGCGCCAGAAGGUACAGAUCUCCUUGCACACGAGGCGGUGUGCCGGCAAAUGCAACGGAAUAUCGAGUAUGCCGUCGGAUACGGUGCUUUGUUUGAGCUCAAUUCAGCAGCAUUUAGGAAAGGUUGGGAUUGCGCGUACCCGUCCAGAGCCAUCAUUCGACUGAUGCAAGAUGCCGGUGCACGAUUCUGCUUGAGUGAUGACUCGCAUGGGCCAAAGCAGAUUGGCCUGAAUUAUGCAAAGAUGCAGGCGUAUGUCAAAGAGGUCGGCAUCUCACAGCUCCAUCACCUGGAAGCAAGCACGGGCGAAUUGAUUGGAGGACGCUUACAGGUCAAAGUAGUGGGUACGGACAUGGAGGCCUUCUUUGCAUUCAAGGCGAGAGGCGAGACAUAG